AUGCGCCAAGCCAUUGCCCAAGCGCGUCUCUGCACGCCCACGCCCACCGCCUUCAACGUCGGAGCCCUCAUAACUGACCCCCACGGCCGAAUCCUCAGCACUGGUUACUCGCGUCAAUUCCCAGGCAACACCCACGCAGAACAAUGCGCCCUCCAAACGCUCCUUACCACCACCAACUCUAUUCCGGACUAUAAAGAUCUAGUUAUGUAUACUACUAUGGAGCCGUGUUCGGAGAGAUUGUCCGGAAACAAGCCGUGUGUUGAGAGAAUAUUGGAAGCGGGUAUUGGUUCGGUGGUUGUUGGGGUGAAGGAGCCAGAUAAUUUUGUAAAAUGUACCGGAGUGCAGAUGUUGAGGGAGAAGGGUGUGAGAGUAGUGGUUAUUGGAGAAGAGGUUGAGGAGGAGUGUAGAAAAUUAAAUGCGCAUUUGGAUAAUGAGUAG